CAGGAGAGGGGGGAGGAGAGGGGGGAGGUGUGGAGGUGAAGGAAGUCUUAUCCGAGUAUGAGAGAGAGCGAAUAGAGAGGGCGCGGAAGCAGAGAGAGAGAUUCAUGAGAGCGGCUCUGGGGGAUAAGACGUGGGUAGGAGGGGGCAAAGGCGGGGCAGCGGCAGGAAAAGGGCCAGGAGGAGCCGCAUUGGGGGGGUUUGCAGCAGUAGUGUCUGCAGCAGCAGCAGCAUCGGCAGCGGCUGCAGGGAUUGCAGCUUCGGUUGCGGUUGUGGGGGGGGGAGGCCAGGAGGGGCGGGUGAGGGCCGAGGGGAGUCAAGCAAGCCUGAAAAACGGCAGGCAGAGCGAGGGACGGAGGGAGGAGAGGGGGGAGAGGGGGAGAGGGGGGAGAGGGGGGAGAGGGGGGAGAGGGGGGAGAGGGGGGAGAGGGGGGAGAGGGGGAGAGGGGGGAGAGGGGGGAGAGGGGCAGCAGGAGCAGCCCGAGGGCGACAAGAGCAGUGGUGAGGAGGAAGAGGAGGAGGAGCAGGGGGGGAAGGAGCAGAGGUUUGCGUCAGUGGUUGACAGGCUGUCGGAGCAGGGCAACAGGUUCCUGCGACAAUUAGGCCGAGCCGCAGGAGGUUCAGGAGGGGGGGCAGGAGGGGGGGCAGGAGGGGGGGCAGGAGGGGGAGGGGAGGAAGCGACGUUAGAGACUAUGCAGGGGAGCAAGAGGGACAUUGGUGACUCUGGAUCUGCUGCUGCCGCCGCGGCGGCGGCGGCCGCCGCUGCUGCUGCUGCUGCUGCUGGUGCGCAUGGCAUGGGAAGUGCGAGCAAUGAGACUGAUUCCACGCCGAGGGAAGCCAGUCCCAGGGAAGCCAGUCCCAAGGCUGGGCUGGGAAGCAAGUCCCCCGGUCCCAAACCUUCAUUCGGGCUCAAGCAGCUGCUGAAGCGGUUACCGCACCGCCAGCGUAACCGCAGCAUGGACCUCAGUUUCAACUCGCUCACUCAAACCUCCAACUCCGGGACUUCCACCGGUGAUCUUGCUGCUGCUGCUGGGCUGUCCGUGGCCGGUGACCUGGCUGCUUUUGAGUCGACUCAAAGGCUGUCCGUGGCCGGUGACCUGGCUGCUCCCCCGAGCCGAGGUCCCACAGGGUCCCGCAAAUAUGCUCCUGGGUCGAUUACCAACGCACCCGAUGACCCUCGGUUGGUGUCUAAUAGCUUUUCUAAUAGCUUGUCUGACAGUUUUUCUAGCGGCUCUUUUGUGUCGGUUUCGCUCUCUGGGGGCUCCCUUCGAGACUCCUCUGCUCGACACUCCUUUGGCUCGUCCUCCCGGGAAUUCGGAGGCUUCUUCCCUGCCCCUCUCUCCGCUGUGCUCUCCUCUACUACCUCCGCCGAAAGUGACCACUACCACCAGCAGCAGCAGCAGCAGCAGCAGCACUCAGAUGUCCCCCCUGCCUUCGCCCUCCCAUCGCCCCAGCCAUCCCCGAAAGUAGCCAACACACGCCGCACGUUCAGUCGAGACGACAUUUCACACGCCCUCUCACCACCAAUGGCUGAUUCACCAAAGGUUUACUCGCCAGCUCUCUCCCCCCCACGGCGCUCCCCCAUCCGUGAGCGCCUAUCAGUAGCAGGAGUCCUCAGCUUCACUAACCGAGCCUCCAGUGUUGGUUCGGCUCCCGCCAGUGGCGGUGCCCAGGCUGGCAGGUUUGGCGAAGGCUCGGGCUCGCCGAGCUUCACGCCCAGGUCCGGGCUGGCCCAGAGCCGCUCGCCCGGCCGGAGCAGGGUGGUAGCUGCCGCGUUGGGAGCAGCGGGGGUGAAAAGUGGGGGGAUGAAUCUCCAUAAUUUGCCCAAUUCCUCUAAGUUUUCCUCCUCUCCUUCCUUCUCCCCUUCCGACGCUCCUCCCGCCCCCUUAACCACUCGCACCUCCAUUUCUUUUGGGUCUUCUGGGGUUGUAACAGCAGCUGCAGCAGCAGCGUUAGGAGGAGCGACAGCAGGAGCGGCAGGAGCAGCAGGAGCAGCAGGGACUGGUACAGGAGCGGGUGGAGCGGGGAGAGGGGGAGUAGGGGUAGGAAAGAAAUCAGGUCGCGGGUUCAAGCCCCCGGAGAUGGAGCAUUCGGCGUUUCUAUUCCGACAGGAUAGUGAGGCUGCGCCAGGGGGAGAGAGGAGAGGGCUUGUGGCCAAGGCACUUGCUGCUGCUGGUAUUGCCCCUACCCCUGUUGUUGUUGCCCCUGCCACGUCCGGUGUUGCCUCUGCUGGCGUUCCCUCUGCUUCGUCUUUGGAUGUUAAGGAGGAAGGAGAGAGUGUGGUGGGGGAGGGGGAAGGAGGGGGAUGGAAGGAAAAGGAGUCAGGUGGUGUGGCAGGUGGAGGGAGUGAGAAUGAGAACGGCUCGGGUAACUCUGCAGGUGAUGCUCCAGGUGAUUCUUCGGGUGGGUUCUCAGGAGAAUUUUCAGGUGCGUCUGCUGGGAAUGGUGUGGUUACUCCUGAAAAGGUUGAGGGUGUAGGGGAUAAGGAGAAGGGUGGUAAGGUGAGUAAUAGGGACAGUGAAGAGGCUACUAAGGAGGGUGAUGAGGAGCCUACUAACGAGGAUGGUGAGGGGGCUUCUAACGAGGAUGGUGUGGGGGCUAUUAACGAGGAUGGUGAGGGGGUUACCAACGAGGACAGUCAGCAGGAGAAUGAGGAGGGAGUUACGGAGGGAGGUAUGGGGGGAGGUAUGGAGAGAGGUACGGAGGGAGGUACGGUGGGAGGUACUGCGGAGGAGGGCGGAGAACCAACAGCCACUAGACUGGACACUGAGGAGACAAGCCUCCUGCGAGCCAAGACGCUACCCUCUGUGGAGGGGCGAGAGGAGAAGGAGAAGAAGAAGAAGAAGCACAGGGAGAAGAAGGGCAACGAGAUUCCUUACAAACUGAAAGGGAUGGCAGAUGGACCAAACGCACAGGAGAGCCACGACAAGGGCAUUGAGGAGUCCAGUCUCCUGAGAGCAAAAACCCUUUCCUCAGCAGAGAGGCAGGAGGAGAAGGAGAAGAAGAAGCGCGGGGAGAAGGAGAAGAAGAGAGCAGGGUCGAAGCACCACAGGACUGCCAGCAUUGGUGUGAGUGGCAGCGGGGGUAGGAGUGAGGAGGGCGAAAGUGUUGGUGGGGGGAGUCCUGCGAGCAGCACCUGCAGCAGCGUUGGUGUGUCACGGAGUGGGAAUGGUGACGUGGAUGAUGCAGCAGCAGCAGCCAGUGAGGCUGCAGCGAAGGAAGUGCGCAGAGCAGCGAGGAAGAAGAAGAAGGCAGAGCAGGAGGCAGCAGCAGCUGCUGCUGCCUCUGCUGCUAGUGUAGCGGAGGGAGAAGGAGCAGAAGCAGAGGCAGCAGCAGGUGUGGGGGUGGGUGGUAUGGAGGAGGGGAAGAGAAAGGAGAAGAAGGAGAGGAGCAGAGCGGGUGAGGAUGAGGGGGAGGGGGUGGAGGAGAAAGAAGGGAAGGGGAAGGACGAGAAGGUGAAGGGGGGGCAGAAGAAAGGAGGGAAGGAGAAGGAUGGAAAGGAAAAGACGCGGCUGAAGAAAGGAUCAAGUGUCGGGAGCAUGGAUGAGAUGAUGAUGACUCCACUGGAAGGCGCAUCUGGGGAAGGUUCAUCUGGUGCUGACUACGACUCUGUGUCCGAUGUGUCGAGCGCAGGUGGGGGGAGGAGGAGCAAGGAGGAGAGGGAAGCGAGGAGGGAGGAGAGGAGGAGGAGGAAGGAGAAGGAAUCGCCUAGAAAGUCUAAGGAAGCAGGGAAUGCACCGAUCACUGAGGAAGAGGGGGAAGGGUAAGGGGAAGGAUGAGGAUGGGGUGAUGGUGGUGGUGGGGGUGGUGGAGAGAGUGGGGGUGGUCAGAGUGAUGGACGGACGAGAGGCGGCUUCGGGCCUGCAAGUGAGGGUGAGUUAGUAGCUGAUUCUCUAACAGCUCCUGGUGUUGAUGCAUUUGCUCUGUAUGCCCGUUGAAACAUAUGUUGGCCGAACGCGUGAAUCCAUGCCUCGGAUUUGAGCUGGUUUUACUAAUCUGAAUGUUAAGAAGGAUGAGGCAAGGAGUGGCGACAGUGAAAGCCGUGGGGAGGAUGUUGUCGCUCGAACCUUUCAGUGUGUGUGGAGGAUGGAGAAGUCAGUUGGAGGAGCAGAUAAUGAAUAGACCACCCUUCCUACGGCAACAUGGAAAGUUGAUAUUCUUCUUGUAGUAUCGUUUCGUGAUGGGUGUACUGAUACCAUUACCGGAUUUUUUUGCUGGUGGAUGCUUUUUUUUUACCCCUAAUCUUAGCUUGACGUACGGUAAUGGUUAUGCCAAUUUCUGAAACCAUUAAUUUUACUAAUUUACUAG